CCUGCAACACUUCGCCUCACUAGAAUCGAACCGAAAACAAACAUGUGGACGGACAGAAGCUCCGGGGACAUGAUGUCCAAGAGCGAGAUCCUGAGGGACAUCAUCACCGAGAAGCUGAGCACCGCGGCCCGGGAGAUCCUGGCCGUGAUGGAGAGGACCGUGUCCGGGUUCGAGGAGGAGGCGGCGGGCUUCAGGCUGGAGGUGGAGCAGCAGAGGAGGCAGAUGGAGGCGCUGCUGCAGCCAAGGGUCCGACUGGAGAGAAGAGCCCUGAACCCAGAUGUGGACCGCCAUGAUGUGGUUGUUAUAAAUGAAGAGGAGGAGGAAGAAGAGGAGGAAGAGGAGCACACACAGCAGCCAGAUGUGGAGGACAGCGGGGGACUCGGCAUCCUCUGGUACGACGGGGACGAUGAUGAUGAUGAUGAGUGUAAAGAUGAAGAGGAGCACAUGAAACCAACAACAAGCUAUAGAAAGAAACGAGAAGAUGCUCAGGACCCCGAUUAUCAAAUACCGUCAAGGACGUUUACACCCAGAGUUCAGUCUGGCAGGAGGAAGCCCGGCCGCCCUCGGAUCCUGGACACACAGAACCACGUGGAUCUCAAGAUCCGCAUCCUGGAGGACUCGCACACCGACGUGCUCACGCAGAACGUGUUUCAGACAUGUCCCCUGCAGGAGCUGCAGUGUCCCCGCGGUCUCCAGGAGACGGACUUCCUGCGGCUGCUCAGGUCCUCCUUCCCUCAGCUGGCGGCCGAUCAACCGUUUGACGUCUUCACGACCGACAGGAGCAGGAAGCUGCAGCGUCUGCGAGUCCGGACGCUGACGCCGGAGGAGAUCCAGCGGAGCAUCGGGUCGACAGGAGCAGGAAAGUCCUCACUCUACAUCCGACCCAAGAGUGGAGACGAUCCUCUGCUCGGCACUGGAGACCUUCAUCCUCUGCAGAGACAAGACGCCACACGAGAUUCUGCGUCCGGCUCCGUGACGCCGACGGCCGAUCAAACCGAAAUGCACGAGAGCUCGUCGUCUCCCAGAGGUCAACCUGAGAAGAGGAGGCGGGGUCGACCUCGGCUCAGUGACUCAUCCGAUCACCACUCUCUCAGGAUCUGCUUGGUGGAAGAUUCCCCCUCGGGCGUGCUCUCAAAAAGCGUGUUGAUGAAAUCCUCAGUCCAGCACCUGAAGUGUCCUCGAGGGCUCCAGGAGCCGGACUUCCUGGACCUGUUGAAGUCCACCUUCCCUCAACUGACCGGAGACAACAACAUGUUUGAAGUGUUCAAAUCCGACCGGAGCAGGAAACUCCAGCGGCUCAAAGUCCGGACCCUGACACCAGAGGACAUCUGCAGGAGCCUGAAGGCCACUGGGAUUGAAAGAACCCUGAUUUACAUCAAACAGAAGACUAAAGAGGAGGAGGAGGAGAAGGAGGAGGAAGAUCUUCAACUCUUACCGAGAAAGGUAGAGGCCACAGAUGAUUCUCAGUCCCCUGUCGCCACGGUGAUGAACAGAGGAGAAGCAGGAAGUGGUUCAAGCAGCUCAGCGUCACAACACAACGUGGAGCCAGAGGAAGCUGCUGAGAGCGAAGUGGCGUCCGAUGAGGAGAAAGAUGACGACACAGACGACUGGAAACCCGACGUCGAGCCGCAGAAACCUGAGAGGAGGAGGCGGCGGCCCAAACCGUACGUGGUGGAGAGAAGCAAGACGCCCUGCAGAGUGUGUGGCGUCUGGUACAAGGUCCUCGGCAGCUUGAUCAAACACGCCUGGAGCCACGUGGACGAGUCGCCGGGCGCCUGCGGAGUCUGCGGUGAACGUCCGGAAUCUGUGGAAGAGUUAAAGAAACAUCUCAGAAACCAACACCAGACCCACGCCUGUUCACACUGUGGGAAGUCGUUCUCCACCGUCACCGGCCUCAGCAUCCACACCACGCUGCACACGGGGAACCGACCCUUCAAGUGCGAAGAUUGCGGCAAAACCUUCGCUCACCGGUCGAGUCUGAGCGCGCACCGCUGGGUUCACGUGGCCGACAAACCGCACAAGUGCGACAUCUGUCCGAAAGCGUUCGGCCUGAUGGCGCAGCUCAAAGCUCACAGGAAGACACACAGCGGUCGAGACAAGUACCAGUGCAACGUCUGCGGCAAACUGAUCUGCGACCUCCGGUCUCUCUCCCGCCACAAGGCCACGCACUCGGGCGAGAGACGCUACGGCUGCGAGGUUUGCGGGAAACGUUUCAAGCUUCCCUUCGCGUUGAAGUCCCACGAGAAGAUCCACACGGUCCGAGAGCGCCGGUACCUCUGCGACAUCUGCUGCAAGACCUUCCUGUCGAACUGCGCCCUGACGAUGCACAUGAGGACGCACAGCGGCGAGCGGCCGUUCCUCUGCGGCGUCUGCAGCAAGGGCUUCAUCUCCAACGGGCAGCUGAAGGCCCACACGCGGGUGCACACCGGGGAGGCGCCGUACGGCUGCUCCCAGUGCGGUCGCUUCUUCAAGAGCAGGACUCACCUGACCAACCACAUCAGGAGCCACUCGGGCAUCAAGCUGUUCGUCUGCGCCGUCUGCGGGAAGGCGUGUUCCCGCCAGGAGCACCUGACCGUCCACAUGAGGACGCACAACGGAGAGAGGCCGUACAAGUGUUCGCUCUGCGACAAGGCGUUCACUCAGAGCCACUGUCUGAAAUCACACAUGAAGAGUCACAGCGCGGAGGAAAAGUCGAGUCUGAGUCCGUCCACCUGAACGCAGCGUUAAAAACAAAUGUCACUUUUGCUUAUUUACGCUAUGUGCUAUAAUGAAAAAAAGCCUCCGGUGCUGGAUUUGAAAAUGUCCAACGAAACUUGAAAAGAAAUCAAGAUUAACAUAAUUUUGUAUAUCCUGCAAAGGUACUGAUCUAAAGCUUGUAGCCGUAGCAACAGCAAAGUUAUUUUAACGCAUGGCGAGAUCACUCCUGCAAAACAUUAACCUUCUUUAAUGAUUAUUAAAUACUGUAGCUCGUGUUGCAUUCAGGGUGAGUGGGAAAUGAGAUGUUUCCUCCAAUCAGAUUGAAUCGUUAUCAAACAAAUGAUCCUUUAUUUCUUAACUACUCUCAAAUCCCACGUGCUCCUGAAGGCAGCAUAAGAUGUGCUUCUUUCCAGCAUUAAGAAUAUAUAAUACAUUCUGUAAAUUUAAAUUGGUGCUUUUUUCUACUACCUACCUUCCCAGUUGUUGGUGUCACGGCAGCUCCAGCAUGUUGUGUUGGUCCAGUAUUCGUUGAGUUCGCGUGUGCACGAGCAUCAGGGCGUGGAUGAUGACACGCAGAACGGGCGUGGCCUCACUCUGGUUCUGAACACACACCAGCUGCAGGAAGUACUGUCGGUCGGGGAGGGCAAGGAAUGCGAACUCGGCCGCCUGGCGAAGCACCCACGGGUGGUAGGGGGCCAACGCCACAUGGUAGGCGUCUCUGAGGUGAAAGAGACACAAGUCAGUGGAAGUUUUUUUUUUUUUUUGCACUAAUUGAAAACCGACUGAAGGACGAGGUCAGUACCUGCUCAGCUCCCCGGGGGUCUUGUAUUGUCCGUGUGCGUCGGGUCCUUCAGACAAACCCUCUAACAUCAGCUUGAGCCACAGCAGAGAGCGAUGCAGCCGCAGCAGCGUCCGGCAGCCCGAGUCCGUGUGGCGGGAGAAGUCCACCACGCCCGCUUUUAGCUCCGCCUCCACCAUCGUUCGAACCGAGCGGUAUGCCUCGAAGGAAACGCAAAGAAAAACUGAGCUCAAACCUGCUCUGUUUGUGAGCAGACGUGUUUUAAACGAGUCGUGCGUCUCACCCCGGUUUUAAGUCCAAACGACGGGGGGGUUUGUCCCUGAGCUCCAUGGACGUCUGCGCUGUGCUGGAGAGACAGAGCUCGGAUCUGGACGACCUUCUCGUUCACCUUCAUGGAGAAUAAACUCACCAUGGUCCCGAGAGACUCCAUGAAACUGAAAGAGACGUAAAGAUGAAGAGGUUUUAUUCAUUUAUUAAAACUACAGGAGGACUUUUCUUCUUAUUUCGGACAUUUUGACGUAAGCCUUUUAACGUUGGGUCGGGUUUUCAAUUUUUAUAAUUCUAUUACAUUUAUCAAUCCCUUUCUCAACUUACUGACUUGCAUCUCUUUUGACUUACUCCACUUAUAACAUCUUAUUUUAUUAUGUAAACUUAUAUUUGACCUCUAUCCUUUUUACAUUUCUUCUAGUAUUUAAACUUCAUUCCUGUGUCUGUCUUUGCUCACGUGUGUGUGUACAGUGUGUAUUUACUUGAGCAGCUGGUCCCAGCUCUGCAGGUACGGCUCCAGAAGGACAUCAUCGUCCUCCUCGUUGGACAGACUGGACUUCAGAUGCAGCAGCAGCUCUCGGACCUGGAACUUCUGACCCGGACACUCCUUAGUAAUGAGCGUGGGUUCGUCCUCCUGCAGGACGUCCCCGGGGACCAGCGGAGGUUCAGGCUGAAAGGAGGAAGAAUAAAGUUCACACAUAGAACAGCUGCAUAUUGUAAACAAACUAAUACAAGUUAAAAGAUGUAUCUUUACUCAUUUACACUUUCAAUAAAGGGCUCAUUUCUUUCAUUCUA